AUGGAUCCAUAUACCUCAUAUACCCAUGGGACUAACUUUUACUCCGUUGGCACAGCAUCGCAUCAAAACGUGGGUCUAGCACAGUUGCCCGUUUCACCACAGCAGGCUUCUCAACAACAGUUGCCAUCUUUCUCCGAGAUUCUACAAUCACAGGACAUGGGCCCUCACGAUCACUACUCGAACCAACACCUGCAUCAUGGGCAGCAGGACGAUGCUCGUUCAUAUCAUUCUCCAUCUGGAGUAAGGAGGUCCGGCCAGUCAUCUCCUGGUUCGCAACAUGGCACGAGCGCUGAAGGAUUCGACAACAUGUCCAGUCGAACUGUCGAAGCAUCCUACAGCGAUCCUCGCCAUCACAGGCAGAGCCCAUCUUGGGCUUCGAGUGCUCAGUUCUCUGACGUCCUCAGCCCUCCAUAUUCACAACGCCUGCAAUAUCCAAGGACCAGCCUACCACCAAUUCGAGACGUCGCCAAUAGUUUUGAUCACAACUAUCAGUCAGAAGCAGGGCCCUAUCCUCAGCCCUAUGCCCCGCCCGUUAUAAGUCAAACUUCUCUCGAAACAGGUCCGUAUGCCACCGAUAGACCAACUUUCUAUGAGCCUGCUCAACGCUAUGGCCAAAACUGUCCUCAGGUCAAUAGGCCGCAACCUCCUCCACAGAUGGACUAUUAUAGGUUUCCGCAGCCUGGGACUCCAUACCAAACACCACCGUAUACCGGGCUCGAUUACUCAAGUGCUUCGGUAGCGAUCCACAAUCCUUCAUCGCCAACCGUUUACGGAGACACCGAUAGCCGUAACCGGAAACGCCGUGGAAACCUGCCCAAACCGGUCACAGAUAUCUUGCGUGGUUGGUUUCAUGAUCACCUCGAUCAUCCUUACCCGACCGAAGAAGAUAAACAGGCAUUUGCAUCUCGAACAGGAUUGACGAUAAAUCAAAUCAGUAAUUGGUUUAUCAAUGCCCGACGACGUCAGUUACCCGCCCUGCGACAACAGCGUGAUCGAAGCACUCAAAUGAUUGCAAUUGAUUAUGAUUCGGAUCAUGUACGAAGGACACACGCACUUUAA